AUGGUUACCCAGCGCCGAUACUCGGUCACGGGCCAGACGCCCCCCGACGAUGCCGAAGCCAUGAAAGCGCGCUCUCCCAAACUGCAGCCUCUGGAUACUAGCGUGCAAACGCCCCCGUGCGGGUAUUGUGACGGCGCGCCGGAGCUGAGUUCAAACAGCGAGGCCAGCGCGACCGCCCAGCGGAGAGGGAGAAACAUGGCCCAGAAGGGCACUAUCGUACGCACAUCAAGCAAACGAUCCGCAACCCAGCUGCCUUCGCCCAGCUCGCCCACGCACCAGCUGCCGCCCAAGAUCCCGAGAUACAGACUCAACGUGGACAUAGACAUCAGCUCCGACACAGACACGGAUUCGGAUGAUACGGAUCUCCUGGGCGACGGGAGCGACCAUGACUACUGCCACGGCGUCGAGAGCCAGGCUACCUCGUUCCCAUCGACGCCUGAGCACUCGCAGCCCUAUGGCGUGUCGAGCCUGCCCGAUGCCACACGCCUGGAAGGGCUGCAACUGUAUGCAGAAGAAAGGCCCGACGAUGAUGAGCACAUGGACGACUACGCGCUCUCGCCCUCCCACUCCAGAAAUCACAGCCUGAACCGUGUGCAACUCGAUGGGUCCAACGACGUACAGAAGGAUUGGGCCGCACAUAUUGCCUCUCACAAAGAGGAGGCUGAGAUUGUUCACAUGGAAGAUGUCCAGGUCACGUCUAUCCAAGAAACACACACAACUCCCGCCGAAGACACGACCCCCGCCCCGCCCACCUUCGUCACCCUCCCGCCCGAGAUCCGUCACCAAAUCUACCGAAACUGCGAGAACCUAGUCAUCGAUAAGCCCCUCGUAUACUGCAUCUCUACCUUCGACGGCCAAAUGCAGCACGCCCUCGCUUCCGUGUCGCGCCUCGUCCGCUCCGAAGCGCUCGCCAUUUUCUACAGCUACAACCUGUGGGUCAUAAAAGUCGAGUUCAAGAUGAUGUACGAAGCCUUCCGAGACUGGAUCAUUCGGCUGGGCGACGGCGCAGGGCUUUUACGGCUCGUUAGCUUUUCAGUGCGCGGUGCGCUGUUCAAGCCCAGACGGAGCCACACACAGAGCAUGCUCAUCCACGGGCAUCUUGUGCAGCUCGCUCCAGGUGUUAUCGGGCCUGCGCCAGCAUCGCAGGAGGACUUCUACUGCCCGCCAGACGGUGACGCGAGCUUCAAGAUCGAUCUCAGUGAGAAGUUUGCUGGUGGAAAAGUGCAGCUCGUUAGGAACGAUGGCACCAGCGAGGCGGGAGAACAGGCGAGACUUCGUUUGGGCAGGAUGGUAAAUGUGCUGUGGGAGAAGAGGCAAGCUGGUACACUCAAUGGCCAGGAUUGGAUUGACAUGGUCGAUGGCUUCAUCACCUUCAUCGGGGGGUGGUAA